AGAUGAUCACCGAAUUCGAAUCCACCAUCAUCGCUCCUCAGCGACGUGUCUCCGAUUUCAAUACCACUUCAGUCGUCUGAUCGAAUCGAAUCGAAUCGCAUUUCGUUCUUCAUCAACCUUCGGAUCGAACCUUCGGAUCGAACCAUCCAGAGUUCUGCAGCUGGAUUUUCUUACUGCCGGCGGAAAAAUUGGGGGGGCAACCCUAAAUUGGACCCUCGGGGAUUAGGGCUUUCUGUACACAUGUCGACGGGCAAACCCAGAGAUGGAGACCUGCAGCUGGUGGCAGCGGCGGCGGAGAAGCCGAAGUCGGAGCUCCCGCCGAGGCCUCCGGCUGGCGGCGGCUCGACCGCACUCGUGGAGUAUGCGGCGCCGCUGCUCCAGGAGGAAGAGGAGGAUUUGGAGGUUAAGCUGAGGAGGAUCAUAGAGAAUGUUCCGGUCCGUGUUAGUAACACCUCCGGUAGUUCUGCUGGUUCAGGGUCCGGGGAUUUUCAUCAGUAUCGGCAGAUGAGACGGAAGGAACAAGACCGGCUAGUGAGAAUGGACGUUGAUUACCAGAAAAGGAAAGAAAUGGCCGAAUUCAUGAUGAGAAGGGAAGAGAGAUUGAAAGCAGCGGAGGAACGUACAGCAAAGAAGCGUUUGAAGCGCCAAAAGAAGAAGCAAAGGAAGAAGGAGAAGAAGAUAAAACCUAGCUCGGGCGGAGGAGAGCAUUCAAAGGGGGAGUCCACUGACGAUGAGGAAGGAGAUUCCGACAAUGGCGAGGAAGCAGCAAGCUGAUCAAGCCCGUUCUUUUUAAUUUUUGUAGUGUUAAAGGUUGCUUUGUUGUAGGAAAUUUCAUUUCCCUCAGCGCAGCUCGUCGUCCCGUCCAACCUUAUGCCUGCCUAAAAGGCUGUAAUCGGAUGUUGGAGGGCCUACAUUGCCAAGAAUGUACUGAAAAUUGCGACAUUUAUAGGAUGUUGAUUCAGUGAAAAGAAAGAGGUGGAGUUUCCAUCUCACUACAUGUUG